UGCUUCUCCAUAACGCAGAAUCUCGACCGUUGGGUCUUCGUUCCCCUCCAUUCCUCUUCCUCGAAUAACGCUUCCGCCGUCACAUCCUCCUGCCUCGUAGUUGCAUGCUCCGUUGCCUCGGCUGCCGGUGGCUCUCGCCCUCAGCUCCUCCGUCGUUCUUCUGUCGUUUUCCUCGCCUUUUGUCCGGCCUCCCUCAGCCUCCGGUUGCCGCCAUGGGUGAGAGCGCAGGCCGCGGUGGUUCGGCUGAGGCUAAAGGCCCCAAAUCCAAACAGCCCCCCUCACCGGCCUCUGACCACAAAGACCAAGCCUACCUCGAUGCCGUCAUACAGAAGAGAGUCAUGCUAUUCGAGACCAUUCAAGCCCAACAGAAGGCGGAGCGCCUCAAACUCGACGGAGAACCCAUCAAAAUAAAAUUGCCUGAUGGGACAAUCAAAGUAGGGAAGAAGUGGCUAACAUCACCAAUGGAUAUUGCUAAGGAAAUAUCAGCUGGAUUGGCUGCAAGUGCAUUAAUAGCUCAAGUAAAUGGAACUCUCUGGGACAUGACAAGACCUCUUGAAGGUGACUCAGACCUCAGGUUGUUUAAAUUUGAUGACAAUGAGGGGCGUGACACCUUUUGGCAUUCUAGUGCUCACAUUCUGGGACAGUCCCUUGAGAUGGAGUAUGGAUGCAAGCUAUGCAUUGGACCAUGUACUACAAGAGGAGAGGGUUUCUACUAUGAUGGUUUCUAUGAUGACUUGACAUUGAACGAUGAGAAUUUUAACCAAAUUCAGUCUCGGGCAAGCAAAGCUGUUGGGGAAAAACAACCAUUUGAGAGAAUCGAGGUGACAAGGGAUCAAGCACUUGAAAUAUUUGCUGAAAACAAAUUCAAGGUAGAAAUCAUCAAUGAAUUACCUGAGGAUAAGACAAUCACUGUAUAUAGAUGUGGCCCUCUAGUUGAUCUUUGUCGUGGGCCUCAUAUCCCCAACACAUCUUUUGUCAAAGCAUUUGCUUGUCUAAAGGCAUCCGCUUCAUAUUGGAGAGGGAAAUCUGAUCGGGAGAGCCUACAAAGAGUCUAUGGUAUAUCAUUUCCAGAUUCAAAACGUCUCAAGGAAUAUCUGACCCAGAUAGAGGAAGCAAAGAAACGCGACCACAGGAUACUUGGACAGAAUCAAGACCUUUUCUUUUUCCACCAACUUAGUCCUGGGAGCUGCUUCUUCCUUCCACAUGGAACCAGAAUUUACAACAAGUUAAUUGAGUUCUUGAGAGCCCAGUACAGAGAUAGAGGCUAUCAAGAGGUCCUGACACCAAAUAUAUACAAUAUGCAACUGUGGGAAACCUCAGGUCAUGCUGCAAAUUACAAGGAAAACAUGUUUGUUUUUGAGAUAGAGAAGCAAGAAUUUGGACUUAAACCAAUGAAUUGUCCUGGUCAUUGUUUAAUGUUCGAGCACCGAGUGCGUUCAUAUAGAGAAUUACCUCUACGCCUUGCUGAUUUUGGAGUGCUACACAGGAACGAGCUCAGUGGUGCACUUACUGGUUUAACACGUGUUAGAAGGUUUCAACAAGAUGAUGCUCACAUAUUUUGCAGGGAGAGCCAGAUAAAGGAGGAGGUCAAGAAUGUAUUGGAUUUCAUUAGUUUUACCUAUGGUGUAUUUGGGUUUACCUUUGAGUUGGAGUUAUCAACGCGUCCGGAAAAGUACUUGGGAGAAAUAGAAGUAUGGGAUAAAGCUGAGGCCGCUCUUGCAGAAGCUUUAAAUGAAUUUGAGAGGCCAUGGCAGAUCAAUGAAGGGGAUGGUGCAUUCUAUGGGCCAAAGAUUGAUAUUGGUGUUUUUGAUGCAUUGAAGAGAAAAUUUCAAUGUGCAACUCUACAGUUGGACUUUCAGCUUCCUCUUCGCUUCAAAUUAAGUUAUUCUGCUGAAGAUGAAGCUAAACUUGAAAGACCUGUGAUGAUUCACAGAGCCAUCUUAGGCUCUGUUGAACGAAUGUUUGCCAUCCUUUUAGAACACUAUAAAGGAAAAUGGCCUUUUUGGAUCAGCCCUCGUCAAGCCAUUGUUUGCCCUGUAUCUGAAAAAUCACAAAGUUAUGCAGAGCAGGUACGAGAUAAGAUACACCAAGCUGGUUAUUAUGUUGAUGCUGACCUAACGGACAGAAAGAUUCAGAAGAAGGUACGAGAGGCUCAACUGGCACAGUACAACUUUAUUUUGGUGGUUGGCGAGGAGGAAGCAAAAACUGGACAGGUAAGCGUCCGCGUGAGAGAUGGUUCAGAUCAUUCUGUAAUGAGUUUGGACGCUCUAUUUGAACAUUUCAAUAAGGAAGUUGAAGCCUAUCAUUAAAUUAGUUUGAAGAAAAAAAUCGAACAUUUGUUCUCAUCUUUCCAAAUUUUUUUUCAUACUUAUUUACCUGUUGUUGAAGAAUUCAAUUAUAGUUUAUUUAUGGUGAUAAUUCUAGUACAAAUUCCAAAUUAUAAUUGACAUUGUUACACAUUAUAUCAUUAGUUGGUGAAAUUGACUUAA